UUUAAGAAUUAAAGUUGCAAUUUCUCACAUAUUUGGUCUCCUCGCCAAAAGAAUGUUGUCUGCUCGCGAUAAGAAUUAAAAUGGUUGUUUCCUUGGCAUAAAGAUUAACGCGGUGUCUUCUUGCAUUUGUUGUCUCUUCAGCUCUUCUUUCCCCCCCAUCCUCGGCAUAAGAAUUAAAGCAGGCUUUUAUACCCUUGCCAUGAGAAUUAGCAUUUUCUGGCAUACGUUGUUUCCUUAGCAUAGGAACUAGUGUUCAGUAUUAAAGCAGUGUUUUCACGCCUACGUCGUCUCCUCGGCAUAACAGUUAAGCAGUGUUUUUCUCUCUCUCCUCGGCAUAACAAUUAAAGCAGUGUCCUCUCCCAUAUAUCUCCUCAGAUGAAAGCAGCGUGUUGCCUCCUCGCCAUCAGAAUUAAAGCUGCACUUUCUCGCAAACAUUGUCUCCUCGCCAUAAGAAUUAAAGCAGCGUCUUCUCACGUUGUUUCCUCGGUGCUGAAGCAGCUGGGGUUCAUGCUUGCGUUUUAAUGAAGAUCCUAGCACGGGUUUGAUGAUCAUUCCAAAAAAGAUAGGUAACACGAGCAACACGUUAGCAGUCAACCUUCCAUUUGUAGUUUCAGUGCCCCUAUUUUCCUUUUUGAAUAGUUUGAGGAACACUGAAGUAAACGUCUGCUGACCCAACUAAAUGUGAACUCUUCGAAUUGAUCGUGGUCGGUGAUGCCCUUCAGACAAUGACGUUAAUAACAUUAAAAAUGCUUUUGUUGAAAUUUCCCUGGACUUGGACGCCGCACGUGAAGCCAUGACGUCAUUAAACUUUCAGAACAUCACGUCCAAAAAAGUCGCCCCGUACGGCGAGGCGUUCCCGUUGCUAUUUCUGGACUACGUUCCCAUAUAUAAUUCAAAUAAACAUUGUAAAGCCGUAUACAAGCCAUUAAACCUCCUCCGCCUCUCGACUAGUUUGCUAAACUGUCUGUUUCAUUCGAAGCAGGUGAGUUGAGGCAAGCCAAGCCGCCAGACGAGGGCGCCCUGAACGCCUCACACUGGCGGCCGAUGCAACAACACUUCUGAUUGGCCCAAAUGCCGGUCGCGACUAUAAAAAGCUGUCCGCUAUUGGUCCGUGUGCGAGCGGGGCGGUGCUUGUGCUUGUAGCGCCAUUGAUAUAGUCAGGAGCGGGCGAGCGGAGGUCCGCCACCAGGACGGACCAGCGAAGAGAAAGUGACGCGAGGGGGGGCUCAAUGUCGGGGAUUCGAGAACGCCGGAGGAUUGUUUGAUUUGUUGUUUUUAUUGUCUUUUGAGUGGCGCGUAUACCAAAGAAUCGAAACCAGAAUGCUUUGCCACGUUACCCGUCCGGACUCGGUAGUGAUGGAAGUGGAAGUUGACGCGAAGGCGAACGGAGAAGACUGCUUGAAUAAGGUUUGCAGGAAGUUGGGCAUCAUCGAGGUGGACUACUUCGGGCUGCAGUUGACGGGCAGCAAAGGGGAGAACCUCUGGCUGAACCUGCGCAAUCGCAUCUGCCAGCAGGUGGACAACUUGACGCCGUGCCGACUGCGGCUGCGGGUCAAGUUCUUUGUCGAGCCGCAUCUUAUUCUGCAGGAACAAACCAGACACAUCUUCUUCACACAUGUGAAAGAGGACCUCCGGAAUGGCCACCUACGCAUGGGCUCGGAGCAGGCCAAGGAACUGAGCGCCCUGUUGGCCCAGGCAGAGUUUGGCGACUACAACCAAAACACGGCCCGGUACUGGUACUUGGAGCUCUGCGGUGAGGAGCCGUGUCCUGCCACGGUCAACGGCAUCGUGUCCAGACACAAGGCCCUAGAGGGCUUGAGCCAGGCCUCUGUGGAGUACCAAGCCCUACAGCUGGUCUCCUCGCUGGAGCACUAUGGCGUGGAGUGGCACUGGGCCCGCGACGCCCACGGCCAGCGCUUGGCCAUUGGCGUCGGACCCGAAGGCAUCGCGGUGUGCAAGGAGGACUUCAGCCUCAUCAACCGGGUCAGCUACCCUGUCAUUCAGAUUGCCACCCAGUCGGGGAAGACCGUGUACCUGACCGUCACCAAGGACAACAACGACAGCGCGGUGCUCAUGUUCAAGCUGAUCAGCAACCGCGCCGCCAGUGGCCUGUACCGCGCCAUCACGGAGACGCACGCCUUCUACCGGUGCGACACAGUGACCAACGCGGUGAUGAUGCAGUACAGUCGCGAUUUCAAGGGUCACCUCGCUUCGCUCUUUCUCAACGAGAACAUCAACCUGGGGAAGAAGUACGUCUUCGACAUCCGCCGCACCUCCAAGGAAGUCUACGACCACGCCCGCCGCGCCCUCUACAACGCCGGCGUGGUGGAUUUGAUGUCCCGCUCUGGGGGCGAACGCUCGCCUGCUUCGCGCUCGCCAAGUCGCCAGGACGGCUUCGACGACGACGACGACGACGGCUCCGACUGCGGCAGCUGCCAGCGGAGUCGGGCGCUGCAGGAGAGGCUGCACAAACUACGGGAGGCGCUGUUGUGCACGCUGUGCUGCGAGGAGCAGAUCGACGCCGCCUUCUGUCCCUGCGGUCACCUGGUGUGCUGCCAGACGUGCGCCAACCAGCUGCAGUUGUGUCCGGUGUGUCGCUCGGAGGUGGAGCACGUGCAGCACGUCUACCUGCCCACCUGCACCAGCCUCCUCAACCUGGCCAUGGCCGACCGGCGGGCCGACCGCGUGGUGGGCGGCGGCGGCGGCAUCCCCGCGUCCAUCUGCCGCGACCUGGCCUCCCCUCACGACUGUGAGGGGGACGACUACGACAAAAUCUUCACGAACACGUGAGGGAUGCCACCUCGGACGCUUUUUGUUGUUGUUUGGUUCCGUUUCCUGGACUCUUGAUAGACAAACCACUCCCCCUGGCUUGUGUGUGAGCUGCCAAAUGGUUUUAGUGCUCUCCUCUGUUUUAGUGCUCUUCCCCUUUCCUUCUUGUUUUAUCUGGAUUUCAUUUGUUUUACCGUUUUUUUUUGUUUUUAAAACUUCCCGGACAUUUUAAACUUUUAUUUAAGCAGUUUGUUGUUCUUUUUAAUCUUCAUGUUUCCAUGCCAACGAGGAGGCUAAAAAAAAAAGUCUUGGAUAAACAUGCAUUCGUUCUACAGAUUGCAGACACUCCGCUUUUUAGCAGCUGCUUCCGAGCUCACCACUUAUGAUUAACUCCAUGCCAAAGGACAGCGCAAACCAGACUACCUGCAGGGGGGGGGUAAAAUUUUCUCCGCAAUUUAGUAUUCUCCAUCUGUCUAGUAUUCUUGCUUCAAAUUUGGUAGCAGUCGGACAAAAUCUCUAGUUCUGUCUUUUGAAGGAUUCUAAAAUGGUCGUUUUAAAGUCAAACGUCGCCACAUGCAGUGCUGAAACGCAGAUUCUUUGCAAUUUGGUGACACCCAUCUGUAUAGUAUGGUUGGCUCCAGUUUAGUACAAGUCUGACGAAAAUCUCUUUGAAGCCAAAUUCGCCACUUUGAAGUCGAGCUUUUCCACCACAUGCAAUGACAGGGUGUCACGUUUUGCAAUUUAGUUUCGUGCUUCAAUCUCUGGGAUGAAUCUGUCUUUUGAACCUGAUUCGCAGCAAAAUGGUCGACUUCCUGUGUAUUUUCAGGCAUGGCUUUUUGAGACUUUUGUUGUGCGUCUACUCGUCGUCGACGUGGCUCCCACGUUUUAUGUUGCUUCGGGGGGCUCAAAUUCAAUUUUAUUGUUUUCCUUAAAACCCGCUGAGCUGUGUUAUUGCAGUCUGUAUUAAACUGAUCCUAAAAUGUCAGAUUCAAAUCAAAAUGGUGGCCCACCCCUGCUUGAAAAGCCUCCUCUCGCUGUAGGAAAAUAUCCAGUGAGUUUUCAAAAGGGUACAGAGAUGUGUGCAAUACCUCCCUGCUUUUCAUUUUAUUUUUAUUUAAAUGUCAACUAUUUAAAAAGUACAGUCACUUUACCAAGGAAGCUGCAUCCACACUGUUUUAUUUUAAAAAGGUUUGGCCUUAAUGUAGCAGCACCGUUGUCUUUGUUUCCAAUGUUUUUGGUGUUUUUUUAUUUUUCUGCAAAGAAGAAAGUUAGCGAUUUGUUUCUGUUUUCUGAAGCAUUCUACGCUCUGUAAGAUGUUAUGCUUUUGACAAAGUAUUAAUAAAGUUUUUUUUUUAAUGAA